AUGUUCGGUCUUUUAAGCUCACGCCACUGGAACUCAGUGUCCACGGAUAUUUUCGACUUUCUCUCCAACGGCGCCAAGACAUUUGAAGAAAUCGAACUACAUUUCCGGUUGGCUACUAUGGCCGCACAGGGAGUAGACUGGUCACCCUUUGUUCGUCUCAGGUCACUGACACUCCCUAGUCUGUCGUACCUCGCAGACGCUUUGCCUUCCCUCGCGCAGCGGUGGGAGUCCAAGCGCCCUAAUGAUGGUAAAGAUACCUUUGAUAUCCCACGAGUUGCAAUCACCCUGAGUCUGAACGCAACUAGCGACACCGCAGAACUAGUCGCACGAAUCGAGCCUUACCGCUGGGUAAUCUCACACAUCUAUACUCUUGAGUCAUGGAAUUAUACCUCCGAGCGUCUUCUACGUGGUAUACGUGAUGCCGAUAAUCGAGAUGCCAGUGACCCAUUGCAGAAUCUCCGCCGGCGCCUUCGCUCAAAUGCAAACAUCUUCUUCGAUGUUAUAGAUAAGGUACCCCUGGUGGUUUUUGAUAGCGAUGGAAAGCCAGCGAGCUGUAAUGAAGCAAAGGAGCUUCGAGUCUUGACCUCGGAUAUCUCUUGGUAG